GAAGCAGUUGCACAAAUGGUGCAGAAAAGGAAGGCAAAUCUAGGCCUAGGGGGCCUUUACAUCACCCAAGAUAGAAUCGAUAGGAUUGCAAUCAGCCAAUGGCAUUCCCAAGACUGCGCCGUUUUCAUAUCUUUAACAUCAACUGCACUACCGAGGUAUCGGGCUAUAAUGGGACCAUUCCAUUGGACCGUCUGGUUGGCAGUAACUAUUAUUUACAUGCUUGCAAUAUUCCCUCUGACAUUUUCCUAUAAACUCACUCUGAAGGGUUUAAUAACUAAUCCCGAAGAAAUGGAAAACAUGUUCUGGUAUGUCUUUGGUACGUUUACGAACUGUUUCACUUUCAGCGGAACCGAAGCUUGGAAUAAGUCGGAUAAAUUUACCACAAGAAUACUUAUUGGAUUUUACUGGUUGUUCUCAAUUAUCAUCACAGCGUGCUACACCGGGUCUAUUAUAGCGUUUGUAACUAUUCCAAUAUAUCCAGCCGUGGUAGACACCGUAAGGCAGUUACUUGACGGAAGAUAUCAAAUAGGGACUUUAGAUAAAGGAGGAUGGCCACACUUAUUCGCAAACUCAUCAGAUGAAGGUACUGAAAAACUACUAAGGCAUUUGGAUCUUGUUCCCGACGUAGAAUCUGGAUUAAGGAAUACCACCAAGAGCUUCAUUUGGAACUAUGCGUUCUUAGGUUCCAGAGCCCAGUUGGAUUACAUCGUCAGGACCAAUUUUACAACAAAGAGCAAGAGAUCCAUUUUGCAUAUCAGUGAGGAUUGUUUGGCACCGUUCAACAUUGGUGUUGGAUAUCCAAAAAAUUCCAUAUACAGCGAGAUACUCGACGUUGGAAUUCUGCUAGCUCUACAGGCUGGCAUCCUCAACAAACUAAAAGCAGACGUCGAGUGGGAUAUGAUGAGAACCGCCACUGGAAGGCUAUUAGCGGCGAGUUCCAAGGUUGGAGGCAUCAAGGCACUGUCCUACGAAGACAGGGCGUUGAACCUAGACGACACCCAAGGAAUGUUCCUGCUGUUGGGGGCGGGUUUUUUGGUUGGAGCGGGCGUUCUCAUGUCUGAAUGGUUAGGCGGUUGCUUCAUGUUUUGCAAAGGCAAGAAACGAAACGACAGUGUGAGUUCAAUCGAAAGCAAUCCCAGGUCGUACGAAGGGAGAACACCACGGGAGAAGCUCAACUCUAUCCAGUACGUCCGCAUGCGCAACAGAUUGGACAGCACUAUAGAUUUGGAACAAAAUUUCGAUUACGAAGUGCCUCGCGCUAAAAGGGUACAGAUGAAAAAGCAAGAGUCGAAUGGGGAGAAUCACGUAAACUGUGUGGUACAUGAAGUGGCAGAUUCGCAUAGCAGUGGAGGAAGCAAAGAUUCUGACGAUGAUGACUUUAAUGAAGAGAUCAAUAAGAUUUUCGAAGAAGUUUUCGGGGAAAAAAACGUGGACAGUGACAGCUCUCACGAGGAAGUUACCGAUACUUGCGACAAAGAGAAUGUUAUUGAGACGACAACUUAAAAAAUAUAUAU